GUAUGCUGCUGCUGCUGCUGGGUGUCCAUGGCUCGUACCCCCAAGCUGCCACUGCAGCAGUAAGUAAGUGUGGCAGCCGGAGGCAGUCUAUGCCGUGCCACCUGACUGGUGCCGGUGAGGCUGGGCAAGAGACCUUUGCAUCUAAGCACCUUGGAGACCAGAGCAGGAGUAUCACUGUAGGAGAGGACCAUGUUGCGUCGCAAACCCUCCAACGCCAGUGACAAGGAACCCACUCAGAAGAAAAAGCUCUCGCUUCAGCGCUCCAGCAGCUUUAAGGAUUUUGCCAAAUCCAAGCCCAGCUCCCCUGUGGUGAGCGAGAAGGAAUUUAACCUGGAUGAUAAUAUUCCAGAAGAUGACUCAGGUGUUCUUACCCCAGAGGAUUCUGGGAAGAGUGGCAAAAAGUUGGGAAAGAAGUGGAGGGCAGUCAUUUCCCGGACCAUGAACAGGAAGAUGGGCAAGAUGAUGGUGAAGGCCCUGUCAGAGGAGAUGGGAGACACACUGGAGGAGGGCUCAGCCUCCCCAACAUCUCCAGACUGCAGCCUGGACAGCCCUGGGCCUGAGAAGAUGUCCCUGGCCUUUUCAGAGCAGGAGGAACGUGAACUUCCAGCCCUCAGUCGCCAGACAUCAACAGGCAGUGAACUCUUAAGCCCUGGCCCAGGAUCUGGAAGCUUCAUGGAGGAGACACCUGCUCCCCAGUACACAGGGCCUUUCUGCGGUCGUGCUCGAGUCCACACUGACUUCACUCCCAGCCCUUAUGACCACGACUCACUGAAACUGCAGAAAGGAGAUGUUAUCCAGAUCAUAGAGAAGCCACCUGUGGGCACAUGGCUGGGCCUUCUCAACGGCAAACUGGGCUCUUUCAAGUUCAUCUAUGUGGAUGUGCUGCCCGAGGAGGCUGUGGGGCCGGUGCGCCCCAGCCGCCGACAGAGCAAAGGCAAGAGGCCCAAGCCCAAGACUCUGCAUGAACUGCUGGAGCGCAUUGGCCUGGAGGAGCACACAUCCACCCUGCUGCUCAACGGCUACCAGACCCUGGAAGACUUCAAAGAGCUGCGGGAAACACACCUCAACGAGCUCAACAUCAUGGACCCACAGCACCGGGCCAAGCUGCUCACGGCUGCAGAGCUGUUGCUGGACUACGACACUGGCAGUGAAGAGGCCGAAGAGGGUGCUGAGAGCAGCCAGGAGCCCGUGUUGCACACAGUGUCAGACCCCAAGGUGGACAUCCCACGUGACUCUGGCUGCUUUGAGGGCUCCGAGAGUGGGCGUGAUGAGGCAGAGCUGGCAGGCACAGAGGAGCAGCUGCAGGGGCUCUCCCUGGCCGGAGCUCCUUGAAGGAAAGAGGGCAAGCUGCAGAGACUGCGGGGAUGGGUGUGGCCUCCCAGAAUGACUCAGGACCAGACAGAGGACUGGUGCAGAAUCUGGCCCUGUGUCACCGGGGAGGCUUAUGACUGAAAUGCCCUGCCAGGGUACUGCAGGCUCAGACAGUGUGGAUAAGGGGCUGCCCAAAGGCAUAUCCCACCUUCUGUACCCUCUCCUCUACCAGUGACUGACAGCAUGGCCCCUUCUGGUACCUCCCAUUCUCUCACUAUGGCCAUGCAAGUGGGGUACCAAGGGACCUAGUCAUGCCCUAUGACCAAGGCCCCCCCAAACCUGCUAAGAAGAAUACCAAACCACUGUUUCAAACCAGUCCCAUAGCCUGGCUGUUUCAAAAGACCUCGGUUGGCUAUGGGUAAAUCCAGAAUUCCUUAAAAGAGGUUUCAAGGAAGCUACACAUACGAUUCCCAGUAUCCUUCUCAGUGUUCUAGAGGUCUGACCACUAAGUCACCAUGAGACUUGAACUAUAUGCCUGCCCUUCUUUUGGCUUCAGCCUGCCCAAGAUUCAAAUGUGCAGUUUUGAAAGCCCCACCGACUGAUACUCUGUAUCUUUAAAUAUGUGCUCUCCAACUGCCUGCCAUCCAGGACACUAGUGGGCUUCUUGGGGAGGUUGGAGGGGUCUCAGGCUUUCCAAUGAAAUAGCUCGUCCUUCUCAUUCAUGUCAUACCUUCCCAUUUGACUCAAACUGAGCAGUACCUUCUCCCAGCUUAAAACAAUGCCUGUAUCUCUUAUGGUAAGUGUUCCCUUCAAAGGAGAUUUCCCACAGGCUGGCUGAAUAACACAAUCGCCUCUGUGCAAGCCAGAUGCAGGGAUGGGCCCAGAUUUGGUCAUUUAUGUAGCCUUUUGCUUGACAUUGGAGGCUCCACUCAACCCAACAUUGCUCGGCUAAAGGUUUUAGUACCCUACCUCCAAAGGGUGGGGAGAUCAUCACAUCUUUUACUGCCCCCCCUCCCCGACUUCAGUAGCAAGAGCAGCUCUUCCAGAUGCAAGGUCAACUGUGCCCAUCACAGGUAGGACUACCUGGUCAGUAAGUGGCCAUGCUUUUGAUCUACUACCAGGAACUUUUGUAAAAAUCUAGUUUGGAUGAAGUGGUUGAAUUAUUGGUUUUUUUUGUUGUUGUUGUUUGUUUGUUUUGUUUUUACGAGACAGGGUUUCUCUGUAUUGUUUUGGAGGCUGUUGGUCCAGCCCGGUCUCGAACUCAGAGAUCCGCCUGCCUCUGCCUCCCGAAUGCUGGGAUUAAAGGCGUGCGCCACCACCGCCUGGCGUGGUUGAAUUAUUGUAAAUAGGGGGGUACUGGGGAAAGACGUUAGUAACAAUAAAUGGAAAUAGAACUUAA